AAGAUGUCUAGGAAUCUUUUCGUACGCAUAAUGAAUGCGGUAGAAGCACACGAUGAUUACUUCGUUCGAAAAAGGAAUGCGGCCAAUACACUUGGAUUGAGUUGCUUCCAAAAAGUCACUGCCGCUUUUCGUAUGAUCACUUAUGGGGUUCCAGCUGAUGCAACCGAUGAGUACGUUCGCAUUGGCGAAAGUAUUGUACUCGAGUCACUACGUAGGUUUGUUGCUGCAGUUGUUGAUAUUUUUGAAGAUGAAUACCUGAGAUAUCCCAAUGAGUCAGACACAGCACGCUUACUUGGAAUGGGUGAGCGAAGAGGUUUUCCUGGAAUGUUAGGGUCCAUCGAUUGUAUGCAUUGGACGUGGAAGAACUGUCCUUAUGAAAAACAAGGUCAGUACAAAGGUCAUGUGGAAAAGCCCACUAUCAUUUUGGAGGCUGUUGCUUCGCACAACCUUUGGAUAUGGCAUGCCUUCUUUGGAAUGCAUGGAUCUCAUAAUGAUAUAAAUGUCCUUCACCGGUCUCCUUUGUUUGAAAACUUGGCGGAAGGUACAGCUCCACAAGUGAACUAUACUGUUAAUGGUCAUGAUUAUACGAUGGGUUAUUAUCUUGCAGAUGGUAUAUACCCCUCAUGGGCUACUUUGGUGAAGUCCAUCAGUCUUCCUAUGGGGAACAAGAGGAAAUAUUUUGCUACAGCGCAAGAAGCAGCGAGGAAGGAUGUCGAGAGAGCUUUUGGGGUUCUUCAAUCUAGGUUCGCCAUUGUUCGAGGACCAGCUCGCAUUUGGGAUACUGAGACACUAGGAAUGAUCAUGAGGGCUUGUGUGAUCAUGCACAACAUGAUUGUUGAAGAUGAAGGAGUCGUGGAUCCUAACGAGCGAUUCGAAUACGGAGGUGACAAUGUGCAACCUGAUCAUGGGCAGCCUACUCGUACACUUGAUGAGUUUAUUGAUGCACACAAAAGGAUCAGAGACAAGGAAACACAUAUGCAGUUGAAAGAAGACCUCAUCGAGCACCUUUGGAACCAUUAUCCGGACUUGUAUUAGCUGUAUAUAAAAUUUUAUAUAUGAGACUCAUGUAUCUUGUCAUCAAACAUGUGUCCUGUCAUUUAGACUCAUGUAUGCUUGU